AUGCGAAAUUCCAAAGUCAUUAAAAACCUUUCAAUCUCACCCAUUUAUUCAAUAAACUGUGAUGAUAUCCCCGAGAUUUGCAUCUUUGUCAAAUUCCAACCUGGGUUUAUGAAUAUAAAAAAACUUGAGAUCCAAACUUCCUUUAUAACUUCUAAUGUUUAUCACCUUUUGGUUUCACUUAAAGAUAAUUCUCAUAAUAUUCAAGACCUAAUAAUCUAUGGAAAAAUCAACAAACAGGUUAAGGAUGUUGAUUUAAUUAUCCAGUUAAUCAAAGCACAACAUAAAUUAUCCUUUGUUCAUUUAAAGUUUGAUUUGAAUUUAACACCUAUCCUUGAAACUUUAUCAUCUAAUCAUUCAAAUUCGUUAACCUCCUUAAAGUUAACCCGAAUUUCUAAACAAUUCUCAUUUUCUUCGAUUCAAAGAUUCAAGAAUUUACAAAACCUUUGUAUGCUAUGUUGUGGUGGUCUAGAUCAAAACGUGUUUGAUAAUUUUUCACAAGCGGAUUUUAAUUUAAAAUCAUUGGAAUUGGAUUGUGUGGAUAAACGGGUUCUUAUGUUCAUCUUGAAAAAUUUAACAAAUGAAAAUUUAAAAAAGAUUUCUUUUUAUCACAAUACAUCGCUGGAAGUAAUUCAAGACCUUUUUAUUAGAUGCCCAAAUAUUUCUAUUUUAAAGAUUCAAAGGAAUCAAUAUCAAGAAGGGUUCAUUUCAUCGUUAUCAGUGUUAGAAAGUAGUUUAACCCAUCUCUCAAUUUUAUUUAAUUCUGUAUUUAAUUCUUCUCAUGUUUAUCAGAUUUAUGAUGAAUUAUGUAAUAUUUCUUUGCCAAAGUUAACUUUUAUUGAUAUUUAUAUGCCUAAAUCCACUAUUCCCCUAGAAUCUUAUUUAAAGAUGACAUCUUCACCUUUACGAACAAUCAUUUUUCAUGACAGUAAUAAGAUUAGUAUGGAAUAUGUUGAUAUUUUAUUAAAAUUUUCCAAGAGAAGGACUUUAAAAAUUGUUGGAAUUAGUUUAAGAUCUGAUGAGAAAAGAUUUAAAACAUUCGCAAAGAUUACUGAAGGGUACUUUCAAAUUGUUACUGCAUGGGAGAUGGAUUGUUGGGAGAUAGAUUGUUAA